UGUCUUGUACCCCUCCUCAGAGUGUGAGAUAUUUUUCAGUGUGCGUGGAUGUGGUGAGUAUAAAACUAUAGAUUUCAUUUUAUUGUUUUUCAUUUUUUAUUUUUUUGAAGAGCUUCUUAGGUUGCGUUGUGCAUUGUGUAUAAGUACAAGAAACUAGUGCCUUCAGACUCAGCAUUACUAACAACCUGCCUAAAUUCCAUCAUUGCUCUGUUACAAAAACCUUAACGAACAAACAAACAAACAAACAUUCUACAUUGCAUACCGAAAGGAGAGGAGAGGUAGAGCCAUUUCAAACCAUGACUGUACCUGCGAUAAGCGGCGCCGAUACCAAUCUUGAAGACUAUGACAUUGUGCGUUGGUUCGAAGAUAUCGCCGACAACGCUGCACAGGUCCAGACCCAGAUUCUCAAGCGCAUCGUCAAGCUCAACUGCAACACAGAAUACCUCAGGAAUCGGCUCGGGACUGAAGUGCUCAAUAUUGAAGAAUUGGAACCAGAGGUUGUGGAGUCAUUGUACACUUCAUUAGUUCCUCUUUCGUCGCAUUCUGAUCUCGACCCUUACAUUCAGAGAAUCGCAGAUGGUGAUGAUUCUGCACUUCUGACUCAAGAACCCAUCACCAUGCUCUCUCUCAGUUCAGGGACAACUGAUGGAAGGCAAAAAUAUGUGCCCUUCACUCGCUUCAGCUCUCAGUCUACUCUUCAAAUCUUCAGAUUAGCAGCUGCAUACAGAUCAAGGGUAUUUCCAAUAAGAGCUGGAGGCAGGAUUUUAGAGUUUGUAUACAGCAGCAAACAAUUCAAAACCAGAGGAGGCCUGACAGCAGGCACGGCGACUACCCACUAUUUCGCGAGCGAAGAAUUCAAAACGAAGCAGAAAACAACUAAAUCCUUCACUUGUAGUCCGUAUGAAGUGAUUUCAGCCGGUGACUACAAGCAGUCCACUUACUGUCACCUCUUAUUAGGACUGCUCUUCGCGGACCAAGUAGAGUUCGUCACUUCAACAUUUGCCUACAGCCUAGUCCAGGCUUUCACCGCUUUUGAAGAUGUAUGGCAAGAGAUCUGCGAAGACAUCAGACACGGGACUCUGAGCAGUAGAAUCACGAUAACGAAUAUGAGGAGCUCCGUGCUGGAUUACAUCGCUCCGGAUCCAGCUCUCGCAUUAGAAAUAGAGAGUAAAUGCAAGGAGCUCAACAGUUCGAAUUGGCAUUGUAUGAUUCCUAGACUUUGGCCAAAUGCAAAGUACGUAUACUCCAUAAUGACAGGAGCAAUGCAGCCUUACUUGAAAAAACUAAGGCAUUAUGCUGGGGAUCUAGCAUUGGUGUGCGCAGAUUAUGGGUCCACUGAGAGCUGGAUUGGUGUGAAUUUGGGACCAUUGGAUCCCCCAGAGAGGGUAAAUUUUACAGUGGUUCCUACAUUUUCUUACUUUGAGUUCAUUCCUCUCUCGCUAAUAGUCAACCGAGGAAGCGAGUACUCAUUGGCUAAUGAUGACUAUGAAGAAGGCGAGCCCUUGCCGCUGUCUAAAGUUAAGAUAGGAGAGCAGUAUGAAGUUGUUCUCACCACUUUCACGGGACUCUACCGAUACAGGCUGGGAGAUGUGGUAGAAGUAGCAGGCUUCUACAAAGGAGCACCUCAACUAAAUUUCAUUUGCAGGAGGAAGCUAAUUCUAACUGUAAACAUCGACAAAAAUACCGAAAAAGACCUGCAGAUGGUGGUAGAGAAAGGGUCAAAUCUGCUCAGCCAAAAGACAAAAAGCGAGCUAGUCGACUUCACAAGCAAUGCUGAUACAUCUAAAAACCCCGGUCACUAUGUUGUUUACUGGGAAAUAAAGGGAAAUGUCGAAGAUGAAGUCCUCAAUGAAUGUUGCAGAGAGAUGGACCUCGCAUUUGUCGAUCAUGGGUAUGUUGUGUCACGAAAGACAAAUUCGAUAGGACCUCUAGAACUGAAAAUUGUGGAGACUGGAACUUUCCGAAAGAUACUUGAGUACUAUAUUGGCAAUGGCGCAGCAAUGAGCCAAUUUAAAACACCAAGGUGCACAAGCAACCAAGUACUGCUCAGGAUUCUCGGUGAUCGCACUAUAAAACAGUUUCGAAGCACUGCAUACCGGUGAAAGAUUACUCGAAAUUUUGACAGUUAUCUUGUUGACUCACUGCAUUUAUGGAUAGUAAGUUGCAGUUGUUAUCAGACUGUUCUUUGUUAACAUUAGGCGAGGUUUUCCUCGUUUUGAUUU